GAGUAUCAACGAUUAUCAUUAGUCGAGGUAGCGUACAAGCCUGCCACCAACAUUUUUCUUCCCGCCUCGGCGAACUUGCUUAGAAGCAGGGUAUCAUGCUUAAUGAAGCACACGUUUAGCCACAUAAAAUGACCUAAGCACGUAACUUGCGCUGGUAGUCGAAACGGUCCCAAAGAGGCCGCGUAGCAAGCCAAAAUGCCGAGUCUCGAGCGUCUAAUCGCGGAGGUGGAGCCAAAUGUUAUUACGGAGUCGCUCACGAGAGAAUGCAUCCAGAUUCAAGGAGGCGAGCCGGACACGGCAGCCAACAAGAAGCGCACAAUGCCCUUCCGAGACGUGGAGUGCCUGGCCUUUAGCUUCAAAAACCUGGCGUGCGUUGACAACCUGCGGGGGCUGGACACCCUGACCAAGCUGCAAUUGGACAACAACCAGAUUACGAAGAUUGAGAACCUGGCGCAUCUUACCAACCUGACGUGGCUAGACCUGUCCUUCAACAAAAUCACCGCCAUCAGCGGCCUGGAGACGCUCACAAAGCUGGUCGACUUGUCGCUCUUCAACAACCAGAUUGCUAAAAUUGAAAACCUUGACACCCUCGUGAACCUCAACGUGCUAUCGUUGGGCAACAACCAGCUGAGCCAGCUGGACAACGUGAUGUACCUGCGCCAAUUCAAGCAGCUGCGCCUGGUCAACCUGGCCGGCAACCCCAUCUGCAAAAGCCACGAUUACAGGUCCUACGUGCUGUCCCACAUCAAGGACCUCAUCUACCUCGACUACCGGCGAGUCAACCCUGCGGACGUGCAGGCAGCGCGCGAGCAGCAUCAGGACGAGAUGAUUGAGUUGCAGGAGCGCGAGGAGCAGCAGUCGCAGGAGGAGAAGCUGAACGCGGAGCGGGAAUCGCACGAGAAGCUGAUGAAGCAGGCCAACCUGGAGGGCGUGGAGACCCUCAUCGAUGACAUGGUGAAGGAGGACCUCGAGUGGCCGCGGCUGAGCCAGGUGCCCAGCCUACUGGACCCCUGGAAUGAGAUCCGCGACAAGUUCAACACCUACACAGACGAGUUCAAGGUGGCCAUUCUGGAGCAGCACAACAAGAAGAAGGCCGAGUACGAGGAGUGGCUGGGCGUGGUGCGCAGCUACCUGGACGAGAAGGACGCGGAGGCGCGCAAGCUGAUUGUGGAAUACGAGAAGGCGAAGAAACGCACGGCGCGCGUGGUGGUGGACCAGCCGCUCAUGGCGGAGAGCCAGAUUGACAACCUCAAGGUCAAAUUGAUGGCGCUGAAGGACCAGCUGAUGGCCAUUGAGAUGGAGGCGGUGGAGGUGUUGGACGGGCUGGUGCAGGAGUUUGACCGCGCCUACUCGGAGCUGGCGGAGAUCAACAAGGGCCAGUACAACGGGUACUUCACGCAGGUCCGCGAUCUGCAAAAUUCGUUCUUCAACCAGCUGACGUCGGUGGCCAUGACCGUGUUCGAGAAGUACAACCAAGAGAACAGCGACAUCGAGAGCCUGCCGGAGGAGGCGCGGACUCUGCUGCAGGACAAGGACAGCCUGAUGAACGCGCUGCAGGCCAGCCACGACGCGCACAUGGGCAAGAUUGACUCCCUGGAGGAUCGCUUAGUCAGCAACGAGCUGCGCAGCGCUAACGACCUCACCUCCUCGAACGCCACGUGGGCCACCAAGCGUAACCGCGAUCGCAUCUCUGAGAUCAUCAACUACCUGGAGCGGAACGUGCUCGAGCUGGAGGAGCUGGCGGGCGAGGAGGAGGGCGGCGAGAUGUGAGGGACUGGGGGCUGAGCGGGCGUGCAGGACGACGUGUGCGUGAUAGUGGGAGGCCAGCAUCUGCUCUGGUAGCCGACGAUGGUCAGGAAAGACAGGACGGCGAUGAGACAAUGUGGAAGCAGAGAAGUGUGGACAGGGGUGGUGCAGCCAGCAAGGCCGGAAAGCGGACAUUCAAGCAGUCGCAGACAUUUAAGUGCUCGGAUGGCACUCGUACGGAAGGCGGACGGGCACAGCAGUUGGUCGGUGAUACGGCGGAUGUCGCGUGUGCCACGAUUGGCAGCUGAAGCGGGCGGUGCCGGUACGAACUUUGGCGCGGUGGCCGGGGCCCUGGGACUGGCGGUGGCGGAUCGCCGGCGCCGGACCAGGUGGUGGCCGCGGCCCUGGGCAUGGCACGUGGGCAUGGCGGCGGCGGUACAGGUCCCAAUGGCAGCGGCGCGGGCGCAGGGCCUGGUGGCGGACAUGCGCAUGUGCGAAGAGGAGCGGGCAAGGCCACGCGGAGCCGCCGCGGAGCAGCGUCGGUGCGCACCCUGAGAAGUGCGCGGGUGUUUGCUUAGCUGUCAUUGGUGAGCUGCCCGCAGAAGAGUAGAACGUGUGGAUGGCAACAGUAUGAGUUGUGCGCCUCUCUUUGAAACCUUAGCCUUGAGGCGGCAGACCGUAGACGUGGCGUGGGGCUGUGAGCAAGGGCUUUGGUCUUGGUCUAGUCCAGCUUUUCCGGUGUCAUGGGGUGCCCUUGUCACCACUCGUGUCUGUCCCCUGGCCCUCGCAUGAAUGGGGCUACAAAUGGUACAAGAAGGGACAGUCCGACCAGAAACAAUCUCACAAUC